CUCCGCAAGCGGCUAGAGAGCACACCACACCAGUUAAAAGUUGCCAAAACCAGCCUGACUCGCAGUUCUCCAUCCAGGAUGGCAUCUCGUCCCAUCUCCCUCGUCCUCCUCACUGUCAUCCUUCUCGCGGUCAUCUACCUCGUCGUCUUCCCCAACGGCUUCAAGCUCGCGGAGGUGUUUGGAUCGUCGUCGUGCGACAAUGGCGCCGCGGCGUCGACGACGUCGUCGGCGGUCCAGCUGACCGCUGGCGCCGUGGACCUGCGCGUGUUCAUCGGCAUCGUGACCGUGCCUGGCGCGUACGAGCGGCGCGCGCUGCUGCGUCUGGCCUACUCCCUCCAGCCGCGGCCCGUCCGGGCGGUGGUGGACGUGCGCUUCGUCCUCUGCGCCGUCGACAAGGAGGAGGACCGCAUCCUGGUGUCGCUGGAGAUCAUCGCGCACGGCGACAUCCUGGUGCUCAACUGCACGGAGAACAUGAACGACGGCAAGACCUACGCCUACUUCUCCGCCGUGCCGCGGCUCUUCGCGGCGGAGCCGUACGACUACGUGGGCAAGACCGACGACGACACCUACUACCGCCUGGCGUCGCUGGCGGACUCGCUCCGGGGCAAGGCGCGGCGCGACGCGUACCACGGGUACCUGACGCCCUGCCACUGGCGGCCGGAGAAGCAGUACAUGUCCGGGAUGGGGUACAUCGUGUCAUGGGACGUGGCGGCGUGGAUCGCGGGGACGCCGGAGCUCCGGGACGACCACGACGACUGGGAGGACGUCAACUUCGGCGGGUGGCUGCGGAAGGGGGGAAGGUACAAGAACGUGUACAACGAGGAGCCGAGGAUGUAUGACUACUGGGACAGGGAGAUGGACGCCGACGUGAACUGCUUCCGGCACGAGCACAUGGCGGACACCGUGGCCGUGCACAAGCUCAAGGACCGCCUCAAGUGGGCGCGCACGCUCUUCUUCUUCAACGCCACCCAGGGGCUCAAGCCUUCCAAGAUGUACAAUAUAGACUUGCAGAACAACAUCUACCGGGUGUAGCAGUGUAGAGAUCGACCUGUAAACGUUAAUCCGUAGCUAGCAAUUGGUACUCUCUCUCA